AUGAUAAACCUCAUUUUCAGUCACCAUCCAAAUCAUUGGACCCGGUUUCACUUCACGAUUGGUGCUGUUGUAGCUUUUGUUGAGGUUGCCCUUGCGGUUUCAGUUGUGAUUUGGGCUGCUGUAGUUUUUGUUGAGGCUGCUCUGGUGGUUUCAGUUAUGGAAAUAUCAAUAUUUAAUGUUUUCAUGGCAGUUUGGCCGGUUGAAACUGGGUGUGGGUUGCGGUGGCUCUUAUCGUCGCACUCACUGGAUUCUUUUAGAGAGAGAGAAGCAUCAGUGGAGAGAGGGAGUAAUGGGAGAGAUGAAGGGGAAGGGGAAGUAGGGGCGGAAGCGUCAUCUUUCUGGUCAAGGUUUUGGGAGGAGAAGAAGGAGUUUUGGGGAGAGAGGUUCGCUUUCCUGGAGAGCUACAAGAAGAUCUUUGGCCGAGACACGCCCCUCCCGAGCUGGUCUGAUGCCGAUGUUCAGGAAUUUGUUGACUCAGAUCCGCUCUAUGGACCUCAGCUGAAGAGCGCAAGGCAAGCAGCCAAGAUAGCGGCCACUGGAAGUCUUAUUGGAGCAGUGUCCACGGCUGGGGUUGCUUGGAAAUAUUCAAAAAGUCCACAUGGGGCAUUGUUGUCAUUUGGAGCUGGGGCUGUGUUUGGCUGGACCUUUGGGCAGGAAAUAGCAAACCACUGGCUUGAGCUCUACAGGAUGGACACUAUGGCUGCUCAGCUCAGGUUUUUGGAUUGGUGGGAGAAGAAAUGCAAUGGUCAGUCCUAAGUCAGCCCAUGACUGAGAGUUCAUUUUGUGUCGCCUCAUUUAAGGUUCACUUUCUCUCACCACUUUUGAAAAAAAUGUGUUUAUAUGAGACCUACUACCAAACUGCAUUGGCCUUGAGUCUUUGCUAUGGGAAGGAAUUAUUUCUCUAGGUGCUUUUGAUUUACUUGAGAGAUGUGCAUACCUAUCCUGGUUUUGUGCAAUAAAUCUAUAACAUUGUGUUGUCAAUUAAUAAUGUACUUUGCUGAUCACUUCAGGAAGAAUUCUUCUGUUAGAUUGCUUUCA